UAUCGAUUUCUGACAGCUCGACUGGUGAAUCUGUUUAUAUGGUCGUCUAAAAAAUAAGUUGAUAGUUUUUAGGUGCAUUAUUGUAAACCACUAACUGGAUACAGUCCAAGUAGCUUGCCAUACCAUUGAUGGUGUGAUAGAUCUAUAGCGGAAUAAGCAUCAACUGGGCACAAAAAUGGAGGUGAAGGAAGUGGUCGUGAUUGUUAAAUGGAGUGGUAAGGAGUACCCGGUGGACCUCACCGACCAGGACACCGUGGAAGUGCUGCGCCACGAGAUAUUCCGCAAGACACAGGUGCGUCCUGAGCGCCAGAAGCUGCUUAACCUAAAGUACAAAGGAAAGACAGCAGCCGACAAUGUGAAGAUCAGCGCCUUGGAGCUGAAGCCCAACUUCAAGCUUAUGAUGGUGGGCUCCACGGAGGCGGACAUUGAGGAUGCCUGCAGCCUGCCGGAUGAUAUUGGCGAGGUGGUCGAUGACUUCGACGAUGCCGAUGAACGCGAGGAAUCCGUAGAGCACUCCUCCGUAUAUUUGGCCAAGGUGCAGCGUCGUGUGCGAGACUACAAGAUCAAGGAACUAGCACCGCCGCGUGAGGGCAAGAAGCUGCUUGUCCUGGACAUUGACUAUACCCUAUUCGAUCACCGCUCGCCGGCUGAAACGGGCACGGAGCUAAUGCGUCCGUAUCUGCACGAGUUUCUGGCUUCCGCCUACGAGGAUUACGACAUCGUCAUCUGGUCCGCCACCAGCAUGCGCUGGAUCGAGGAGAAGAUGCGCCUGCUGGGCGUGGCCAGUAACGAGAACUACAAGGUGAUGUUCUACUUGGACUCCACCGCCAUGAUCUCAGUUCAUGUGCCGGAGCGCGGUGUGGUGGAUGUGAAGCCGCUUGGUGUGAUCUGGGCCCUGUACAAGCAAUAUAGCUCCAGCAACACCAUCAUGUUUGAUGACAUACGUCGCAACUUCCUGAUGAAUCCCAAGUCCGGCCUAAAGAUCCGCCCAUUCCGCCAGGCCCAUCUCAACCGCGGCACGGACACUGAGCUACUUAAGCUGUCCGACUACUUGCGCAAAAUCGCUCACCACUGCCCGGAUUUCAACUCGCUAAACCAUCGCAAGUGGGAGCACUACCAUCCCAAGAAGAACUCCUGAACUCUUCCUCGUUUGCAAUCGUUUGUAAGAUUUGAAUAGAAUUAUGUUUUAUUAAAUUAAUAUGCAUUUUGUACGCAUUGCGUUCCAGCCGACAA